GGGAGUAACGGGACGCCCAAGGUUCAGCUAAAUAGGCUUUAGCUAACUCAGCUAAGCUACGCUAAGAGCCAGCGAUUUGUAUGAUAAAUGGAAGUAACUGUAUCUAUGGAUCCUCUUUUUCUUGCAUGGAGCAAUUUUAGGAGACGGAAGUUCCAGAAAUGCUCGGAUCUUUGCACAAAGGUGUUGGAGGACAAUCCGUACGACCAGGCAGCUUGGAGCCUGAAGACAAGGGCUCUGACUGAGAUGGUGUACAUUGAUGAAGUGGAAGUUGACCAGGAGGGCAUUGCAGAAAUAAUGUUGGAUGAAAGUGCCAUUGCACAAGUGGCACGACCUGGAACGUCGCUGAGGCUCCCUGGAACAAGUCAUGGUGGAGGACCUACUCCAGCUGUCAGACCAGUGACCCAGUCAGGACGUCCCAUUACAGGAUUUGUAAGACCCAGCACUCAGUCUGGUCGACCAGGGACAAUGGAACAAGCCAUCAGAACACCUCGAACUGCAAAUACUGCCCGUCCGGUCACCAGUGCUUCUGGGAGAUUUGUCCGAUUGGGCACGGCUUCUAUGUUAACACAUCCGGAUGGACCAUUUAUAAACUUGUCCCGGUUAAAUUUGCCAAAGUAUGCACAGAAACCAAAUUUAUCCAAGAGCUUAUUUGAAUACAUCUUUCACCAUGAGAACGAUGUCAAAAAUGCUUUGGACCUAGCUGCACUCGCUACCGAGCACGCACAGUUCAAAGACUGGUGGUGGAAAGUCCAACUUGGGAAAUGUUAUUACAGGCUUGGUUUGUAUCGUGAAGCUGAGAAACAAUUCAGAUCAGCCCUCAAUCAUCAAGAGUUUGUAGAUACUUACCUCUACCUUGGGAAGGUAUAUCAGCGAUUGGACCAACCCAUAACUGCCCUGAACCUCUUUAAACAAGGCCUGGACCAUUUCCCAGGAGAAGUGACUUUGCUGACUGGGAUUGCUCGCAUUCAUGAGGAGAUGAACAACGUCACUUCAGCUACAGAGUAUUACAAAGAUGUCUUAAAGCAGGACAACACACAUGUGGAGGCCAUUGCCUGCAUAGGAAGCAACCAUUUCUAUACAGACCAGCCAGAGAUCGCCUUGCGUUUCUACAGACGGUUGCUACAGAUGGGUGUGUAUAACUGCCAACUUUACAAUAAUCUGGGCCUGUGCUGUUUUUAUGCUCAGCAGUAUGACAUGACUCUGUCCUCAUUUGAGAGAGCAUUAGCCCUGGUUUCCAGUGAUGAGGAACACGCUGACAUCUGGUAUAAUAUUGGACAUGUUGCAGUGGGUAUUGGUGACUUGACUUUAGCUUAUCAGUGCUUUAAACUAGCUUUGGCAUUUAACAAUGAUCAUGCUGAGGCUUACAACAACUUAGCAGUGCUGGAGCUACGCAAAGGACGCAUUGAGCAGGCAAAAGCCCUUUUGCAAACAGCUGCUUCUCUCGCGCCCCACAUGUAUGAACCACAUUUCAACUUCUCUGUACUGUCAGAUAAGUGUGGCAGGGUGCAUAAUCCUGCUGAAAGUGGUCACUGCCAUUUGGGAAUACCGUUACCAUGAAGGGGUAUACUUGGUCUGCAACAAUAUUUAGCUAUGUAGGACCCAAGAUUUCCCCGCAGAACAUUGCCCAGAGCAUCACACUUACUCCGCCACCUUGACUUCUUCCCAUACUGCAUCCUGGUGCCAUCUCUUCCUCAGGUAAGCGACGCACAUGCACAUGUUGUCCACAUGUAAAAGAAAACCUGAUUCAUCAGACCAGACCACCUUCUUCCAUUGCUCCAUGGUCCAGUUCUGAUGCUCAUGUGUCCAUUGUAGGCUCUUUCGGUGGUGGGCAGGGGUCAGCAUGGGCGCUCUGACCUGUCUGCAGCUACACAGCCCUGCACGCAGCAAUUUGUAAUGUACUGUGUGUUCUGACACCUUUCUAUCAUAGCCAGCAUUAACUUUUUUAGCAAUUUGCGCUACAGUAGCUCAUCUGUGGUAUUGGACCAGACUGGCUAGCCUUCACUCCCCACGCACAUCAGUUAGCCCUGAGCGCCCAUGACCCAGUUGUCCUUCCUUGGACCACUUUUGGAAGGGACUAACCACUGCAUACCUAGAACAUCGCACAAGACUUACCGUUUUUUUUUUUAGAUGUUCUGACCCAGUUGUCUAGCCAUCACAAUUUGGCCCAUAUCAAAGUCAAUCAGAUCCUUACGGUUGCCCAUUUUUCCUGCUUCCAACGUAGCAACUUCAAGAACUGACUUUUCACUUGCUGCCUAAUAUAUCCCACCCCUUGACAGGUGCCAUUGUAACUGUAUAAUGAAUUUUAUUCACUUCACCUGUCAGUGGUUUUAAUAUUAUGGCUGAUCAGUGUUUAUUAAUAGGAAAAUUUCAAUCCAUACUUUUUUCUAUGUGUAUCUGUGUUUUGUUUGAAAGGUGGGUGACCUUCAGAGUAGUUACAUGGCUGCCCAGAAGUCAGAGGAUGCUUUUCCAGAGCACGUGGACACUCAGCAGAUCCUAAAGACCCUCAGACAGCACUUUGCUGUGCUUUGAAUGUUUCAUUGCAGUAUUUUCACAUUAUGUGAAACAGCACAGCAGAGCAGGUUAUAAAACGUCAAAAAUGUCUACAGAGAUUAAAAUGUCUAGCUACUUUUCAUGUUUUUCUAGACAGAACAAAGAUGUAAAUUAUUUCAGGAACUAUUUUAAUAAGUCACAGUGUAUAAAUGCAGUUUUUAACUUAUAGCAUAUCUAUAAUAACUGGUAGAAAAAGUGGAUGCGGUUUUGUUUUGAAAAUAUUAUGUGAAAUGUAAACUUGUCUAUGUGUUUAGCAUUAAAAAUGCAGAGUUUAAGUAAAAUAGGGUUAUUUUACUAAUUUCAGUGUCAAGUUUUUGAACAUAAAAAAUGAGCAAUGAUUCUGUUUUAGUCUAUUAUUAUUAUUAUUAUUAUUAUUAUUAAUUCGAAAAACUUCACAUUUCUAUGCACACGGUCUAUGAACAAUUCUGCUGGGUUUUCCUCCACAUUCCUACUGCAGUUCCUAGAUGAUUACCACUGUGAACAGGGAAAUGAACAAAUGGCAGCAUGACUUGGAAGUGUGUAUCACAGAUUUUUUUUUUAAAUAAGAACAUCUAUUGUCAACAAGCACAAGCUAAUUAGUUGAUAAUUUCUUUGGAAAUUUUUAUUCUCAAUUUGCUUCAAAGUUUGUACAAAGUCAUAGCAGUUUGCUAACUACUCAGCAGCAUUAUUUUUCAGUUUUAAAGAGAGAAUAACAUCAUAAUCCUUUAGUCCUACAUAGUCUUACUGACUGCUCUGCUCUUGAGUGGGUAACAGACUAUGCACCAUGACUGCAUGUAGUCUAAUAAUGUAUGUGUACCUGGAAUAAAAGUAUCUAAAGUAAAAUCAAAUCUGAGACAUACUUCUAACUAAAAGCUUUUAUAUAUCAGACUGGUGCUUGCCAAAAUGUCCUAUUUCUCUCCAAACUAUGGGUACUCAGUCACUGUGCAACUUUUAGAUUUUUUAUAAUAUCAAUUUAAUUACAUUACUAAGUGCAACAGUUCUGUGUGAGAGAGUGAGUGAGUGAGCAAAGGAAUUGGUUACUUAAAAAAAAUUCAGAAUAUUAUUUAGUCUUUGAUGAAUUAUUAGCUGUUACUAACAGGCAAAAACAAAACAAAACAAAAAAAAGGUUAAUUGAGGAUUCUAGAGUGUUUUAUCUAUUUCCUUCUCACAGAUCCAUUUUAGUGGGUGUGAACAUGGUGCAUCAUUCCAGGCCUUCAUUGGAUUAUUGGUGGGAUACACAGCUGCGCAAUCCUCUAUAGUCAAAUCAUCAUUUGGCUCCCCGUC